GCGAUUUUCUCACCCGGAUAGUGGCAGGAUGAAAAGAUAAGGCCUUUGAAGAUCUGGGAGCCCAUAAUUUCUGGAGAAAGUGCAAGGGUGAACGGUGCUCAGGCGCGAGGAAAGGGAAGGACAAUAAAAAGCGGGUGCGCAAAAGGUUCUCCGACGCCAGAGACCCGAGCUCUCGGGGUGUGGGGUGGCGAGCGCGAGAGAACGCGCCGGGCGUCUUUUGGUGGCGACCGAGGGUCCUGCUGCUACAGGAAGUGGGGCCGGGCUGCUGUGCCUGGGAAAAGGGAAGGAGGGAUGAAAACACGGUGACGGACCCCGCCCCUACGUUGACCGUCCCUCCCUGGGCGUUGAAUGUAGCGGCCCCAGAGACUGGGCCGCCAGCACGGGUGAGACCGCUAGGUUUCCUUCGCGGAAACGAGAAGCGAGAUCCAGAUUCCAGCGAAAGAAAAGAACUCGGAGACCGAAUCACCUCCGUAUCUAGUUUCUCCAGCAAUGGGAAAUCCAGAAAACAUAGAAGAUGCCUAUGUUGCUGUUAUUCGGCCGAAGAAUACUGCCAGUCUCAAUUCUCGGGAAUACAGAGCUAAGUCAUAUGAAAUUCUAUUGCAUGAAGUUCCCAUUGAAGGACAGAAAAAAAAGAGAAAGAAAGUUUUGUUGGAAACUAAACUUCAAGGCAACAGUGAAAUUACACAAGGCAUAUUGGAUUAUGUCGUAGAAACCACCAAGCCAAUUUCUCCAGCAAACCAGGGUAUCAGAGGAAAACGAGUGGUACUAAUGAAGAAAUUUCCUCUGGAUGGAGAGAAGAUGGGCAGAGAAGCAUCAUUAUUUAUUGUUCCAUCAGUUGUCAAAGAUAAUACUAAAUAUACAUAUACUCCAGGAUGCCCAAUAUUUUACUGCUUACAGGAUAUUAUGAGAGUCUGUAGUGAAUCCAGUACUCACUUUGCAACACUUACAGCAAGAAUGUUAAUAGCCUUGGAUAAGUGGUUAGAUGAACGUCAUGCACAGUCUCACUUUAUUCCAGCUUUAUUCCGACCUUCUCCACUUGAGCGAAUAAAAACUAAUGUCAUAAACCCUGCAUAUGCUACUGAAUCAGGCAAGGCAGAAAACUCACUACAUAUGGGCUAUAGUGCAUUAGAAAUAAAGAGUAAAAUGUUAGCCCUAGAGAAAGCAGAUACCUGUAUUUAUAACCCUUUGUUUGGAUCAGAUCUUCAAUAUACAAAUCGGGUAGAUAAAGUGGUAAUAAAUCCAUACUUUGGUCUAGGAGCUCCAGACUACUCAAAAAUACAAAUUCCCAAACAGGAAAAAUGGCAGAGAAGCAUGAGCAGUGUCACAGAAGACAAAGAACGACAGUGGGUAGAUGAUUUUCCUCUUCAUCGAAGUGCCUGUGAAGGAGAUUCAGAAUUACUAAGCCGUCUUCUCAAUGAGAGAUUUUCAGUCAACCAAUUAGAUAGUGACCACUGGGCACCCAUUCAUUAUGCAUGCUGGUAUGGAAAAGUUGAGGCCACUCGUAUAUUAUUAGAGAAAGGAAAGUGCAAUCCAAACCUUUUAAAUGGACAGCUGAGUUCUCCUCUUCAUUUUGCUGCUGGAGGAGGACAUGCUGAAAUAGUACAGAUUCUCCUAAACCAUCCAGAAGUUGACAGACACAUAACAGACCAACAAGGAAGAUCCCCAUUAAAUAUUUGUGAAGAAAACAAACAAAACAACUGGGAAGAAGCAGCAAAAUUGUUGAAGGAAGCCAUUAACAAACCAUAUGAAAAAGUUCGAAUAUACAGAAUGGAUGGAUCAUACCGUUCUGUAGAACUGAAGCAUGGAAAUAAUACCACAGUACAGCAAAUAAUGGAAGGAAUGCGUCUCUCUCAAGAAACUCAGCAGUAUUUCACUAUUUGGAUCUGUUCAGAAAACCUUAGCCUUCAGCUCAAGCCUUAUCAUAAACCUUUGCAACAUGUUCGUGACUGGCCAGAAAUACUUGCUGAAUUGACUAAUUUGGAUCCCCAAAGAGAAUCACCACAGCUUUUCCUAAGAAGAGAUGUGAGACUUCCUUUGGAAGUUGAAAAAAAGAUUGAGGACCCACUAGCUAUUCUUAUUCUCUUUGAUGAAGCCAGAUAUAAUUUAUUAAAGGGCUUUUAUACAGCUCCUGAUGCUAAACUGAUAACAUUGGCAAGCCUGCUGUUGCAAAUAGUGUAUGGAAAUUAUGAAAGUAAGAAACACAAGCAAGGUUUCCUAAAUGAAGAAAAUCUAAAAUCCAUUGUACCUAUUACCAAACUAAAAAGUAAGGCACCACACUGGACAAAUCGAAUUCUUCAUGAAUAUAAGAAUCUUAGUACAAGUGAAGGUGUCAGUAAAGAAAUGCAUCACCUGCAGCGCAUGUUCUUACAGAAUUGUUGGGAAAUUCCUACAUAUGGAGCAGCUUUUUUCACAGGACAGAUAUUUACAAAAGCAAGCCCCAGCAAUCAUAAAGUCAUCCCUGUGUACGUAGGAGUAAAUAUAAAAGGACUUCAUCUCCUCAACAUGGAAACUAAGGCUUUACUCAUCAGUCUUAAGUAUGGUUGUUUUAUGUGGCAAUUGGGAGAUGCUGAUACCUGUUUUCAGAUCCAUAGUAUGGAGAAUAAAAUGAGCUUUAUUGUACAUACAAAACAGGCUGGUCUGGUGGUAAAACUGUUAAUGAAGCUAAAUGGACAGUUAAUGCCCACUGAAAGAAACUCAUGAAAGGAAAAUAGCUGGUACUCAAGCCACGUUUUAUAAUGCAGAGUUUUUUUCCAUGAAAGAUUUCUUAAAAUAUUACUUUUAACAAGGCAUUAGUCUCUUGUAAUAUGUAUGUAUACUGUUACAUUGUACAGAAUCUGUACUUAUGUUUGGUGUGUAAUAUACCAGUUAGUUUUAUAUUAUAUCCUUAUAAGCUAUUUUAAUUUUUGAGAGAAACACACAAAAAAUAUAGAUUGAUAAUCUGUAUAAUAUUAGACAAAAUAGUAAGCUUUAUAAAAAAGUUAUCUUUGGUAAAUGGUAAAGAAUUUGGAGUGGAAUAUGAUGAAAUUAAAAUGUAGCUUUGGUACAGCUUUGUGUGAAACAUGAAAGUCAACAUGCUUUGAAUAAAGAAAAUGUAUUUUCUACUUGGACCAUAUGCCACUGUUAUUUAAAACAUUUUUCUGUAGCCUAUAAACAUUGCUCAAUAUGUUUAUAAGUCUUUGCUAAAAGGUGUAUCUA